AUGCUCCUCUUAGGCUCGGUAGUACUUGCAUCUGGGAUUCCUCGAAUCGUCUCGUUCAGGCAGCUAGUCCAGUUCACAGAUCAGAACCAACAGGAGUACAUUAAGGACACUCUAUGGUAUACGGCAGGGCCUCUCUUCUGGGGCUUUGCUGAGAACCCUAUUGCCAUCAUCGGCGCUUGUCUGCCCACCUUGGCUCCUUUAUGGAGCAAGCAGCACCGUUCCACCCCCAAAGGAUGGUCAUACUUGAAAAAUCUCUGGAAGAGUUUCAGUUCAAGCUCGUACGAAGACCUCGAAGGUUACUACCAGAAUACGAACAACGCUGAACACGCCUCUAUUAGCCGUCUAGUGACCCCAGGACCCGCAACUGAUAUUCAUGCGGAGGACAUUGCCCUUGCAGAUAUGCCACAGGAAGGCAUCCAAGUCCUUACAACCCUUUCCAGCAACUACAAGAAAUGA